UCCUAGUCACCAAAGAAAUACCACACAGAACCGAACGGGUUUUCGCUCCAUAAAAACGCCCACUUCACACAUCAACUUUGCCGAAUGUACUACGAGCAACGCUAUCUCGACCGCCAGGAUGAAGGGGGGCAUGUCGACCCGCCAUACAUCCUUACAAUCUCAAAAGGGACCCAAAUACCCAGCCAUUUCAUCCUAUCGAAACGCCACUCUGACUGCUUUUGCCUCGAGCCUUCACACGGCAUGACACUAGAUGUUCGUUGGACGAGUUCUACAAUAAACACGCGGUGGAAGAGGAUGCAUGGGACUUCCUCAACAAGUAUCCGGAUUGGUACAACAUGACUUUUGAGGACGGUGAGGAUGAGGCGCCACAGUGAUGCGAGAAUGUUAGCAGGGGCC